AUGGCAGAAGCAGCUUCAAACGUUACACUAAACGCGCGCGACAAGCCUGUCGAGGUAGACUCCCUGCUAUCCAAAUCGGCGACCCUCCAAUUCUUCGACGCCUCAGAUCCGAAAUGGGCAACCGAGAAGCCGUUUUACUCAAACAUUCCCUUUACUCAGACCAAAAUCGCGAAUACAAAUGUCAUCAACACGAGUGCGCGGGUCCAAAUCUCUGACAUCAGAGGUCAUGAAUCCGACUUCACUUUGGACAAAAACGGCUUUCAGUUAGCUAAAUGGAAGCACCAGUUCCCAAAUGUCGGUCCCUUAUUUCAAGAAGAGGGGUAUCCUGCUGUGGUCAAGUUUAUGAAGGAUGUUCUAGGGAGUCAUGUCAAGGUCCGACAGAGCCAACCGCGAGGCUCUGCACCUGAAGAUGAGAAAGGGUACAUCGGUAGACCCAGCAAGGUCGCUCACAACGACCAAACCUAUGAAGGAACAAUCGCCAAGAUCAAACAUGACUUUGGCUCCCAAGCCCCAUCAAUUCUCUCUCAGCGCUUCAGAAUAAUAAAUGUCUGGAAACCCCUCAAGCCCGUCCGUCAGUACCCCCUCACACUCUGUGAUUACCGCACAUGUGAUGAAAAGGACGGCCAUCGCAGCGAUUUGGUCUACCCCCACGUUGUGAGUGAGAAUAUCCUUUUCUCUUACUCAUCAGAUCAGAAAUGGUACUACGUUAGUGACCAAUCUGAUGAGGAGGUUUGGCUGAUCAAGACGAUGGAUUAUUUGGCGAGGACUGAGGAUGUUGCCAUGUAUACGCCACAUACUUCGUUCUUUGAUGAGGACCCUGCUGUCGCGGAGGAGAUACGAGAGAGCAUUGAGCUCAGGGUAUAUGCCUCAAGCUCCGUGUCGAAUGGAAUGCUGACAUGCAUCUGA